UGAAGUUUUCUAUUUCACGUCUUUUUCGUUCUUGUAAUUUUUCUUUUUCGCGACACCAUGGAGACCAAGCAGCAUGCUUUGAGAUUUAUGACUUUUAAUAUUCGCCAUGAUCACGGCAAAGACUCACCCUAUGAACCAUUCGCCGCUCCCCCGGAAUCCCCCACCGAGUUCAGCCAUGAGCAACCAUGGGCCAUUCGCAAAUGGAAGAUCGCCGACACCAUCAUACUCUACUCGCCGGACGUUGUAGGGUUACAAGAACCCAUUCAUCAUCAAUUAGUCGACCUAGAGGCUUUAUUGAACGAGGAAUAUGAAUGGGUGGGUGUGGGCCGAAACGACGGCAAAGAAGAAGGUGAAUACGCCGCCAUCUUUUAUAAAAGAGAAUGCUUGUCCGUGGAAAAUCACAAGACCAUCUGGUUGUCCGAGACACCUGAAGAAGUUGGAUCGAAAGGAUGGGAUGCUCACCACCCUCGUGUUGCGAGCCAAGUGAUGUUCAAGCGAUUAAGUGAUGAUUCUACAUUUACUGUAUUUAACGCUCACUUUGAUCAUAUGGGCAAUGAAGCACGCCGAAAUUCUUCGCAGUUAUUACUGGAUUUAGCAAAAGAAGUCGAAGGCGUCGUGAUUUUAAUGGGCGAUCUAAAUUCCCCCGAAUCGGAUGCCGCGUACAAGGUAUUAACUGGGUCAGCAUACGAGGACAUGGACAAGAAUGCCACGCUGCGUAACUUGACCCAGUUAAACGACGCCAUCACCCAAUCCUUUGUCAGAAGCACCGGACGCCCUGUACGUACCACCGAAAACAAUAUCACCUUGCCUACCCACCGUGUCUUCCGCCCGAGCCAAAUUUUGAGCCGACUGCAGCAAAACGGUGAGACCCAACAAGUUCACUUCAAUGAUACACGUUACGAGUUAGUGACACCCUUGACCGACAAGAAUCAUACGGCCAGAUAUGCCAAACUUAGCGGUCCUUACGGUGACACCAAUACUUUCACCAGCUUUGGCGUCGGACCUGAAGCUGGUAAAGGUCCUACUCGUAUUGAUUACAUUUUGACCCUGAAUACCGCACCUGUCGAAGUACGACAAUUUGCCGUCCUUAGUAAUCAGUUUGACGAUGGUUUGUACAUUAGCGACCAUCGUCCUAUUUUAGCCAAAUUGGCAUGGUAAUUGGAAAAAGAAAACGAGUAAACCAUAUAUGGGUCAUACCGUUUGACAACUGUGUGCAACCACUUGUAUUUAUCAUAUUUCCUUUUUUCCCAUUAUGACAAAAUCCCAAGAAACCAAGACACUCAAACAUCUAUACAAUCAAACUAUCAUAGAAAAGAUGCAAUAAAUGCUAAUAGUUUCAUGGUCCA